AUGAGAGACAGAACCAGCAGCAACACAUGGUGCAGCAGCAGCAGAAGCAGCAGCAUAACAUGCAGCAACAGCAGCAGCAACUACACAACGUGCAGCAGCAGCAGCAGCUGCUGCAGCAUCACACUUAGCAGCAACAUCAGCAGAAAGACACAGCAGCAGCAACAGCAGCAGCAACAGCAGCAGCAGCAGCAGCAGAAACAGAAGGGACAACACUUCCCUCAUCAGCAGCAGCAACAACAGCACCAGCAACGGCAGCAGCAACAGUAUCAACACCAGCAGCAACAGCAUCAACACCAUCAGCAGCAGCAGCAGCAGCAACGGCAGCAGCAACAGCAGCAACAGCACCAGCACCAGCAGCAGCAUCAACACCAGCAGCAACAGCAUCAACACCAGCAGCAGCAGCAGCAGCAGCAGCAACAGCAUCAACAUCAGCAACAGCCGCAGCAGCAGCAGCAACAACAACAACAACAGCAGCAGCAGCAACACCAGCAGCAACACCAGCAGCAACACCAGCAGCAGCAUCAACACCAGCAGCAGCAACAACAGCAGCCGCAGCAGCAGCAGCAGCAGCAGCAGCAGCAGCAGACCUCAUUUUCUAGGGUUGAAGCCUCAUCUCUUUCAGCUGUAUCGGCGGAAGAGAAGGGGCAGCCUGCUCAUCAGCAGCAGCAACAGCAGCAGCUAGAACAGCAGCAGCAGCAGCAGCAGCAGCAGCAGACGCAGCAGCAGCUAGCACGGGGCUGUUUGUGUAUAUGGCGAGUAUAUGUUUGCUGCUGCAGCAGGAUGAGUGAGCACGAGAUGACAGAGGGGGAGAAGGAGGGGCCCCAGGAGCUCAGCAGCCCGCAGGCCGUAGAGAAGCUAAAAGCUGCUGCAGACAUCGCCAAUGCAGCCUUGAAACAGGUGCUGAGCCGGGUGGUGCCUGGGGCGGAUGUGUUCUCUUUGUGUCUUUUUGGGGAUUUCUUUAUCGACGGCGAAGCAAAGAAAGUCUAUCAAAAAAAAACUAAAAAAAAUAAAAUAGAAAAAGGCAUAGCAGUCCCGACGAGCAUAAGUGUGAAUGAGGUGUAUUGUAAUUUCUCUCCUUGUGAGCGUGCUGCUUCUUUGCUGCUGAAGAAAGGAGAUAUAGUUAAGGUUAGUUUGGGGGCCCACGUUGAUGGUUUUGUUGCUGCUGCUGCAUAUACAGUGGUUUGCUGCAGCAGCAACGCUGCUGCUUUCGGCUGCAGCAGCAGCAACAGUAGUUCUGCUGCUGCUGCAGCAGCAGCAGAAGCAGCAGCAGCAGCAACAACAGCAACAACAGAGGCUCUAGCUGCACUACCCCCACCAACUGAAGAAUAUCUGCAGCAGCAGCAGCAGCUGCAGCAGGAAGGAGAAGCAGCAGUUGCUGCUGUUGAUGGUGCUGCUGCUCUCGUUAUAAAGGCUAGCUGGCUAGCAGCAGAAGCAGCAGUAAGAAAGAUAGAAAUAGGAGCACACGCCAGCGAGGUCACCAAAACUAUUGAGGCUCUUGCUGAGGAUAUGGGCGUCAAACCCAUGCAGGGUGUGCUGUGCUACCAGCUGAAGCAGCACGUAAUAGAGGGGAGCCGCUGCUUUCCUUUGGUUACUGCAGCAGGAGAAGAGAAGCGCACAGCAGCAGCAACACAGCAGCAGCAGCAGCAGCAGCAGCAGCAACAGGAUAGUAUUGUGUUGCUGACUUCGUCUAGAUUUUCUCUUCUCUGA